AUGGGUCCUGACAUUUGGGAUGAAGCACCUAUGAUGAAUAGAUAUUGUUUUGAAGUGUUGGACAGGACUAUGAGGGAUAUUUUAAGAUUUAGCAAUCCACUAAGUUUGGAGCAAUCUUUUGGAGUUUUGAAGUUGACAAAGAACAUGAGACUCCAAAGUAUUGACUCGGACAUUGACAAGGAUGAAUUGACGGCUUUUUCAGAAUGGAUAUCAAGUAGCAAAGAUGGAACAAUUGGCGGUCUGAAUGACGGUCAUGCAAUGAUUGAUAUACCUGAUGAUCUUUUAAUAAAGGAUACAGAAGAUUCAACUGCAUCUAUUGUAAAUAGCACGUAUCCUUCUUUCUUAGAGAAUAUUAAUGACCCAUCAUAUUUGCAAGAAAGAGCCAUACUUGCUCUGACUCUUGACAUUGUUGAAUCCAUAAAUAACUAUGUGAGUUCCCUUAAUCGAACUGAGGAAAAUACAUAUUUAAGUUCUGAUGCAACUUGUAGAUCUGAUUCGAACAUUGAUCUUAUAGGAGAUCUUCAUACACUUGAAUUUUUGAAUGCUAUAAAAUGCUCCGGGAUGCCUAAUCAUCAGUUGAAAUUGAAGGUCGAUGUCCCCGUUAUGCUAUUAAGAAAUGUCGAUCAUUCUUUGCGGUUGUACAAUGGGACUAGAUUGGUCAUUACAAGGCUUGGCAAUCAUGUUCUCAAAGGCAAAGUUAUUUCAGGAAGCAAUGCCGGGGUUUAA